AUGGGCGGCUUACCAGCAUCGGUAAACAGUGAUGGUAAAGUUUGGGCUUCUGGAUCGUUUAGUUUUCAUGUAACAUGCUUAUUUGAUUUUACUAAUUAUCCAUAUGAUGAACAGGAGUGUCCUAUUGUGAUCGCUGAUUGGAUAUAUGAUCUUUCUAAGGUGAAUUUAUCAGAUCCGUCUGGAAAUGGAAGUUUGAACAAACCGGCGAUCAAACUUAGUUAUGAUCCGCUUGAUAGCGCAAACACAAAACGUCAUGUUGCAGGUUGUUGGGAAGUAAAAGACACGUGGCGUCGUCAAUGCUAUUGGGGUCCAUCAGGUUGUAAAGAUGAGCCACCAGACAGUCAGCCAGAAUGGUUCUGGUCACUUAUCGAAUUCGGCAUUCGAAUCAAACGCAACGUUCCAUAUUUUGGCCUAACAGUUAUCUUACCUACAAUGAUCACUUGUCUUCUGACAUUAAUCGUCUUUUGGAUUGAUACAAUGUCAUUAGCGAUCGCUACAGCAGUAAUGGAUAUACUCUUGCAAGGAUUGUAUAGUUGGGAAUUUAUAAAAAAUUUACCCCCUGGCAACGGCAGUGUACCAAAAAUAGUAUUAUUCUAUGGUAUGAAUCUGUUGUUGACAGGAAUAGCGUUCAUUCUGCAUGUUAUUAUAGCUUAUUUGGUCUAUAUUCUACCUGAAAAUUUGGAACUACCAUUCCAACUUUUAACCGGUGAUUGCCAAGAUGAAGAAUAUCAUCAACAAGAUCAGAAGCAGCAACAGUACGACAAUAUUAUAGCGAUGGAUCAAAAUCCUAUAUUUCCUUCUACCACUACCACCACUGCGGAAUUACAAAAUCCUGCAACCAACGAAGGCGAAAAUAUGGCAUUAACUGAUAACUCCAACUUAUCACAUGGUGUCUAUUCACAUAUUCGAUCACAGAGUGGGAGUGAGGUAAUCGGUGAUGCAGGUGCGAAAACCGCAAAAAAUAACGAUACUGUAGAACUUGGUCACAUCGCUCAACAAUUGUAUAUCAUCAGAAGAUUGAUAUUUUUCCUGUUUUUUGUCAUUUAUACCAUUUCCAUACCAAUUUGCUUGUUCUAA